AUGCAUGAUGGGAAGGAUGGGAACGGCAAGGCAUCUGCACCAGAAAGGCUCCACCGUGGCCGGAACUUCGGAGCCCCGGUACUAUGGCUUCUGGGGCUCAUACCACUGCUUGCGAGGAUGCUGCAUGCAAAGGUGAACCCAGCCCGAAGCUUCCAGUGCUGCUACUGUGCCUUCAUUGCGGUAAGUCUCUGUUGGAACCACUUCGAGGGGCACCGGAGCUUCUACCGCUGGUUUUCCUCUUCCAAGAUUGAGCCCAGCCAAAAAAGGGGUUUGGGACAUGCGGGGGAGCGGAUCUAUGGCCUGCUGCCGGCCCCCUGGUUGAGCCCCCUGCAGCACGACGCCGCGUGCGCGGCCUUGUGCUUUAGUCUCUUGGGCUCCUGCUUCUGUUGGGCUCCAAGGCUUUGCCUUGGAGUGGCCUUCCUGGCCUGGUUUUUUUACUACUCGCAGAUCUUCUGUGCAACCAAAGCCGGUGGUCAUGGGAGUACCUUGAUCCCAGGCACCCUGCUGAUGAUGGCUUUGUCACCAGCGAUCGAGGAUACCUACACGUGGAAGGAUUCAGUGGAGGACUGGUGGGCUUUGGACUUCAUCAAGCUGCAAGUGGCGGCGACCUACUGCGGCUCGGGCCUCUGCAAAAUUGCAGGCUCCCUCUACUUCCGACAGUUCUGGGGGAAUGGCACAACGCUGCAGGCCUACACCUUUGAUGCCAUGUGGUCAAGACCUGGUGGAGAAUUCACCUGGCAACUCCAGGCCAUAGCUGUCCAGUGCCCUCGGGCUCUGGUCCUGGCUGCGACUCUCUCGCUGCUCUUCGAAGUCUGCUUUCCGCUGGCUCUGAAGUCACAGGAGCUUGGUGCCGCUUUUGCCUGUGCCGCACUCGCCUUUCAUACAGGCGUCUACUUUCUCCAGGGCUUCGACUUCCUGUCUCAGUGGUGUCCGGUCAUCCUGCUCUUUGCCUUGCCAGGGGCCUCCUGGCAAAUGACCUGGGCGUCUCUGCAGGAAGGGGCCGCAAGCCUCGGCCUGGACUUGGGCCUCAGCCUCGCUUUCCUGUACACGGCUUGCAGCAUGUUCGUGUCCCUGACCAUGGUGGACGUCUGGUAUGGGGAAAUGCCCCGCUGGUGGUCCAUGACCGGCGUCCCCGAGCAAAGGGAGGCUGGUUUCAUGGACCCUUUAAUCUACUCUCCUGCCAACGCGAAGCACUACCUUCCCGAAGAGGACCUCCCCAAGUUCCCCUACAAGAUCCUGCAGUUUGGCUACUUAUCCCAGGUGCCCAAGGAGCUACAAAAGUUUGUGCGGCCAGAAUGCCUGCAGCACGAGGGCCCCAUGCUGCUCUUCGCCAAUUUCCCCGUCCCCAAGGAGCUCAAAGACGCUCUGGAGAAAAUGGUCCAUCUGAGCCUCCGAAGUUCCCCCAAGGAUGCCUGGGACUCGAAGAAGCUCCGGGAGAUGGUGGACUUGCAACGGCUCUGCCGGCUCCAUUUCGAGCGGGCAGAGCACCGCCUUUCGAAGAAGACCGACUGA